GUGUGUGUGUGUGUGUGUGUUCCCGUUGUAAAACACAGCAAUACCGGGCGUCUGCGUCAAGAGGACACACUCCACUCUGCGCAAUUACGCGGACUCUUAACUGGCACAGUGAUCAGACAAAAACGAAAAAGGCAUUUCUACUGAACAAGACUGAAAUGGACUUUUAAUCACAACACCCUUCUAAUUUCGAGGACUUGCUUUGAACACUUCAAUGCAGUUUACGGCACACCAGCUGUGAAUGUUGUGAUAUGAUUUUUACGCGUGUGCUCUGAGCACAGCUUGUUUGUUUUAUAAAUAUACUUUUUUCUUUUUAGAUAGCUUUCUUUCUUCUCUAAAAUUGGCUCCCGUACAAACAGCCGCGUUGGAUCCCUCGGCUUACUGCGAGACUCCGGUGUAUAACCCGGAUCUCUGCCCUAAUAUGAUAGCCGCCCAGGCAAAGUUGGUGUAUCACCUCAACAAAUACUACAACGAGAAAUGUCAGUCUCGGAAAGCAGCCAUCGCCAAAACCAUCCGAGAGGUGUGCAAGGUGGUUUCGGAUGUCCUGAAGGAGGUGGAGGUGCAGGAGCCCCGCUUCAUCAGCUCUCUCAGCGAGAUGGAUAAUCGUUUCGAGGGACUGGAGGUCAUUUCGCCCACUGAAUUCGAGGUUGUGCUCUAUCUGAAUCAGAUGGGAGUAUUCAACUUUGUGGACGACGGGUCCAUUCCCGGCUGCGCCGUCCUCAAACUCAGCGAUGGCCGCAAGAGAAGCAUGUCUCUGUGGGUCGAAUUCAUCACAGCCUCCGGUUACCUCUCUGCGCGCAAGAUCCGGUCGAGAUUUCAGACACUGGUGGCGCAGGCAGUAGACAAAUGCAGCUACAGAGAUGUUGUCAAAAUGGUCGCUGACACGAGUGAAGUGAAGCUGCGCAUUAGAGACAGAUAUGUGGUACAAAUCACGCCAGCUUUCAAGUGCACUGGCAUCUGGCCACGGAGCGCUGCGCACUGGCCCCUGCCUCACAUUCCCUGGCCGGGACCUAACAGGGUGGCAGAAGUCAAAGCGGAAGGUUUCAAUCUUUUAUCCAAAGAGUGCUACUCCCUGAACGGCAAGCAGAGCUCAGCAGAGAGUGACGCCUGGGUCCUGCAGUUCGCCGAGGCCGAGAACCGACUCCUUCUGGGUGGAUGCAGGAAGAAGUGCUUGUCUGUCCUCAAAGCGUUGCGAGACCGUCACCUCGAACUGCCCGGGCAACCUCUGAACAACUACCACAUGAAAACCUUGGUUUCCUACGAGUGUGAGAAGCAUCCCAGGGAGUCGGACUGGGAUGAGAACUGCCUCGGCGAUCGCCUGAACGGGAUACUAUUGCAACUUAUUUCGUGUUUGCAGUGCAGAAGGUGCCCUCAUUAUUUCCUGCCCAAUUUAGACCUGUUUCAAGGAAAACCUCACUCUGCUCUAGAGAAUGCAGCCAAACAGACUUGGCGACUGGCGAGAGAAAUACUGACCAACCCCAAAAGCUUGGAGAAACUCUGAGGUAAAAAUAAAAUAUAUUAGUUCACCUCGUCUUAAAAAUGUUUUGAAGAGGCCUAAUGAGCUCCUAAACGGACACAAAAUAUUGCCAACCGAUUUGCAAGUCUUGUGAAAUGUGACUGUCCUCUGUUGUUAUGUUUUGGCCUAGCCUGUUUCAAGAUGAUUUUCUUUUUUAAAUAACAGCCUAGCUUGUCACUCUCCCCGUGCACCUUUUGGAGGUGUCAAUACUUAAAUUUAAAUUAUUGGCUAAUCCAGGAGGCCACCUCAGAAGUGGUUCCUUCCCUCUCCGUGUCACACGGCUGCCUAAAUCCUGCAUUUCCUUAAACGCUUUAGAAUAAAGCCCGAGACAACCUUUGGAAAAACAAAAAAACACAUCUGUACAUUUUAUACUGUAAAUACAUUCAUAGAUUGUGAUUCGAGUGGUCUGAAAUUGUGAAUGUUGUUCUGUGACACGUAAAUAGGAUCCACCUGUUUAAAUCUACUUCUGAACUUUUUUUUCUUUAUCUGGUAGAAACGUUUUUAAUUUAUACUUGCAUCAGUGGUAGUCUGAUUCACCUGUUUCAAUGGACUUUUUCUAAUUUUUAAAAGUUUACAUUUUGAUGGUAGGCGUACGGCAUUUUGUUACAUUGAAAACAUUCCAUCGAUUUACUUGAAUUAUUAUUUAAAGUACAAACAUUUGAAUUGUUUUUUCUCUACCGUGCUUAGGCCUACAUGAUUUAAAAAAAGAAAAGAAAAGAAAAGAAAAUGAUAACAUAUAUAUAGUAUAAAUAUAUAUUACAGUUUAAUUGGAAAAAAAUGCACUUGAAAUACACUGGAUUAUAACAUCUGUGAUCUGUUUUUUUUUAUUUCUGUCUUUGAUCUAAUUUAAAGAGCUAAUAAAACGAGCUGUUUUAUA